AUGACAGAUAAUACAAAUGAAACAAUAACAUCAUCAAGAAUGGCAACAAGAUCAACAACAACGACAACAACAACAAAUCCAAGAACUACAAAUACGAAAAAUGGAUAUGAACGUCUUGCACAACUUUAUCCACAUGUUGGUGAUGAUAUACAUUUACCAACAAAAUGGAAUGGAAAAGAUAAAGCAUCAACUUUAAUUCUUCAACAAAAUGAUCUUGUUGUAACAUAUAAAGGACCUGGUAAAACACAUAAAGAUGCAGCUAGUGUUCGUUCGGAUCAUCCUAUUCCACCAUUGACCGGUAUUUAUUAUUUUGAAGUGAAAAUUUUAAGCAAAGGCCGUGAUGGAUACAUGGGAAUUGGUCUAUCGACAGGUGAAGUAAAUCUUAGUCGUUUACCUGGAUGGGAUAAAGGCUCAUAUGGUUAUCACGGUGAUGAUGGUCAUUCAUUUUGUUCAUCAGGUUCAGGUAUUGUCUAUGGACCAACAUUUACAACAGGUGAUUAUGUUGGUUGUUGUGUCAAUUUUCUUGAAAAUUCUUGUUUCUAUACUCGUAAUGGUUACAAUCUUGGUACAUCUUUCAAAGAUAUACCGACGGAAAUUUAUCCAACAGUCGGUUUACAAACACCUCAUGAAGCAAUUGAAGCUAAUUUUGGUCUUAAUCCUUUUAAAUUCGAUAUAGAAAAAUACAUGGAUGAAUAUCGUGAAAAAACUCGUCGAGCAAUAAUUGAAUGUACAUUGAAAGAAGGCGAAUUAUUACAUCAAACACAAUUACGUCGUAUUGUUUCAACUUAUCUCGUUCAUUAUGGAUAUUGUGCUACAGCUGAACAAUUUAAUAAAAAUGCCGAAAGUGUAUAUGCUGAUGAACUAAACUCCAUGCGCAAUAGACAACUUAUCCAACAUUUAAUUCUUGAUGGUCGCACAACCGAUGCAAUUGACAAGACAAGAGAACUUUUUCCUACAUUGCUCAAUGAUAAAAAUCUUUUAUUUGUGCUUAAAGUUCGUCAGUUUAUUGAAAUGGUUAAUGGAACUGAAAGUGAAAUUCGUAAAACAUCAAUAUCAUGUCCACCGUCCACAUUUUCACAAACUACAACAACAACAAAUUGUCCAUCACCAACUAAUCAUCUUAUUAAUAAUAAAAAUCGUUCGAACAGUCCUUCUUGUUCGUCGUCAUUAACUAAUAAAAAUUAUUCUCAUUCAACAACUAGUCCACGUUCAUCAUCACCGAUAACAAAAACAAAUACAUCUUUACGUUCUCGUUCUAAUAGUCCAUAUACAUCAGGACGUACACAAACGACUACUAUAUCAGGGGCACAACAACAUAGCAAUGGUACAAUCAGUUCUUCAUCUCGUCGAUCAAGUGCAAAUAAUCUUAAUGAGUUAUCACAAGAAACUAAUAAUGAAUCCAGUUUAUCAGAAAUUCCAUGUCAAUCGUCGGAAUCAAAUAGUCAUACAACAACAGUGAAUUCCGUACCAUCGAAUACAAAUACUAAUGUUGUUGUUAAUCUUAUGGAUAUUGAUGAUAAUCACCAAGAUAAUAAUACAGCAAAUGGUUUUAGCAAUCACGGAACAGUAUCUCAUCCUCAUCCUUCUUCUUCUUCUUCGUCUUCUUCGACAAAUCAAAUCUCUAAUGGCCAUUCACUAUUAGACGAUGAUAACAAUAAUCUAGUCGUCGACAAUAAUAUGAAUAGUAAUGGAUGUUCAACGAAAUCAACCGAUAUCCUUGAUGGUAUGGAAUAUGAUGGUUAUACUGAUUCAAUUCAUACAAUGGAUAUGGAAACAACAAUAUCAUCUGAUGUACAGAAAAAAUCAACAACAAAAGAAGAUGACCAACUUCUUGUAAGAAUUCUUCAAUUUGGUCGAGAAUUACAUGCACUUAAACAACAAUUAACUAUUGAACAUGGUGAUAACCAACAAAAUGAUAAACUGCUUCAAGAUGCAUUCAGUUUAUUAGCUUAUUCAGAUCCAAAAUCAUCACCACUUGCUCAUCUAUUAGAGCCUUCUCAGCGUGAAACUGUUUCUAGUGCAGUCAAUAGUGCUAUACUUGAAGCACAUGACAUGCCAAGACAUCCCGCUCUUGAAGUACUUGUUGGUUAUUUACAUGAAUGUGACAAGCUAAUGCACAAAAAUAAUAUACCAGAUUGUGCCUUUAUUGACUUGAACAAAUAUUUGCGAUGA